GAAAGGGGACAAUACCCCUCCUCCUGAUUGGAUUCCGUUCCACUCGACUUGCCGGACCGGAUUUCUUCUCCUGGCAUCUAUUGGCCCCCCGUUUCCAUCCGACACCUCAUGUCCCACUUUCGACCCUGGUCUCUUGGUUUCCUUUUGUCUCCUUUUGCACUCGCUCACCUACACGACAAAUUGAAUUGGGACCGUUGCUGACCGCUUGCUUACUGUUGAUAAUAGAUCCGUCUCAGGAGCAGCUAGGGUUGCUGCUCUCGUGGGCUCGCCGACUCCAUCAACGGACUCUCAACCCUCUCUCUUAUCUUCGACCCCGGUCGCCACCCCCCCUCCCCCGGUGACAUCAGACGACGGUAGUCGCCUAGCAUGGGCCUGGCCGAAGAGUUCGACGAUCGCGAAAUCCAUGUCGAGUCUCAAGAGGAGACAUACCAUCCAUAUGAAUACCAGGAGGAGAAUAAUGGCUCCUGGGCGGGUGCUCUCCCGGUGAAGCAGGGCUUGUAUGACCCUAGCUUCGAGAAAGAUGCAUGCGGUGUUGGCUUUGCUUGCCAUAUCAAGGGCAAGCCUAGUCACAAAAUCGUCAGCGAUGCGCGCAACCUUCUCUGUAACAUGACCCACAGAGGUGCUGUGGGAUCCGAUGUGAGAGAUGGUGAUGGCGCUGGCGUCAUGACUUCGAUCCCCCACAAGUUCUUCAUCAAGAACUUUGAGCGGGAGGAGAACAUUAAGCUGCCUCCUCCUGGUCAGUACGCUGUGGGUAACCUCUUCUUCAAACCCGAUGAGGAGACCCUGCAGGAGUCGAAGCGGCAGUUGGAAGACAUUGCCGAAUCCCUGGGCCUGCGUGUCCUCGGGUGGCGGAGACCUCCCGUCGACUCGAGCCUUCUCGGGCCUGCCGCCAGAUCCCGCGAGCCCAUCAUUCUCCAGCCCUUUGUCGUGCUCGCCUCGGCCUACGGCACCAGCGAUGCCCCCGAAAACACCGACCCCGAGCUCUUCGACGAACGCCACUUCGAGGUCCAACUCUUUGUCCUCCGGAAGAGGGCCACCCACACAAUUGGCCUCCAUAACUGGUUCUACCUCUGUUCCCUGUCCAACAAGAACAUUGUGUACAAGGGGCAGCUAGCACCCGUCCAGGUCUACCAGUACUACCACGACUUGGUGAAUGCUGAUUACGAGGCACACUUCGCCCUUGUGCAUUCGCGUUUCUCCACCAACACAUUCCCCUCGUGGGAUCGUGCCCAGCCUCUCCGUUGGGCUGCCCACAAUGGCGAGAUCAACACCCUCCGCGGCAACAAGAACUGGAUGAGAGCCAGAGAAGGUGUCAUGCACUCGGAUGUCUUCAAGGACGAACUCGAAUUGCUCUACCCCAUUGUUGAGGAUGGCGGCUCUGACUCGGCGGCCUUCGACAACGUCUUGGAACUCCUGACCAUCAAUGGCGUGCUCUCUCUUCCCGAGGCCGUCAUGCUCAUGGUUCCCGAGGCCUGGCAGGGCAACACACAGAUGGAUCUCAAGAAGGCCGCUUUUUACGAGUGGGCUGCUUGCCAGAUGGAGCCCUGGGACGGUCCGGCCCUCUUCACUUUCGCCGACGGUCGCUUCUGCGGUGCCAAUCUCGAUCGUAACGGUCUACGGCCGUGUCGUUUCUACGUCAUGGACGAUGACCGCAUCAUCUGCGCUUCCGAAGUCGGCACAAUCCCCGUCGAGCCCGAGAGUGUCAUUCAAAAGGGUCGUCUUCAGCCCGGCAGGAUGCUGCUCGUUGAUACCCAAGCUGGCCGGAUCAUUGACGACAAGGAACUCAAGGAUGCCGUUGCCCAGCGCCACGAUUUCCGCUCCUGGCUCGACGACAACCUUCUCGCCAUGCCCAAGGUUCUAGAGGAUAUGAGCGCCACGGCCGACCUGGCCGCGAAGCCUGAUUCUACCCUGCUCCAACAGGACCCGCUGCUGCUGGCUUUCGGCUACACCCAUGAGCAGGUGAGCCUGCUUCUUGCUCCCAUGGCCUCGGACGAGAAAGAAGCUCUGGGGUCUAUGGGUAACGAUGCCCCCCUGGCAUGCCUGUCCCAGGCUCCUCGGCUGCUCCACGAAUAUUUCCGCCAGCUGUUCGCCCAGGUCACCAACCCUCCCAUCGAUCCCAUCCGAGAGUCGAUCGUCAUGUCUCUCGAGUGCUACGUUGGGCCACAAGGCAACCUGCUCGAGAUGGACCCCUCGCAGACGAACCGUCUGCUGCUCCCGAGCCCCAUUCUCUCCAUCCCUGAAUUCAAUGCCAUCAAGAACAUGUCGACCAAGUAUCCUGGCUGGACCGUCAAGACCAUUGACCUCACCUUCCCCAAGAAGGACGGCGUCGAGGGCUACCUGCGCCACCUCGACUAUAUCUGCAAGGAGACCACGGCGGCUGUCGAGGCUCGGGACCGCAUCAUCGUCUUGUCCGACCGUGCCACAUCCGCCGACCGCGUCGCAGUGUCCGCCCUGCUGGCUUCCGGCAUGGUUCACCAUCACCUCGUAAGCAACAAGUGGAGAUCUAUGGCGGCUAUCAUACUGGAGACCGCGGAGGCUCGUGAGGUGCACCACAUGUGCGUCCUCCUCGGCUACGGCGCCGAUGCCGUCAACCCCUACCUGGCCAUGGAGUGUAUCCUGAAGCUUAAUCGUGAAGGCCUGAUCAAGAAGAAGCUUUCCGAUGAUGAUCUGAUUCGCAACUACAAGCACUCGUGCGACGGCGGCAUCCUCAAGGUCAUGAGCAAGAUGGGCAUCUCUACUCUGGCCAGCUACAAGGGAGCGCAGAUCUUUGAGAUCCUCGGCUUGGACGACAGCAUCGUUGAGCGGUGCUUCAAGGGCACGGCCUCUCGUAUCCAGGGAGCCACUUUUGACAUCAUCGCCCAGGAUGCCUUCCGGUUCCACGAGAGGGGCUUCCCCUCCCGCUACACCGUGGGCGUCACUGGCCUUCCCGAAUCGGGCGAAUACCACUGGCGCGACGGUGGCGAGGCCCACGUGAACGACCCGGCCUCCAUUGCCAACAUCCAAGAUGCUGUCCGGACCAAGAAUGACAAAUCGUACGAGGCCUAUUCGCUUUCCGAGUAUGAGCAGAUCAAGAACUGCACCCUCCGUGGCCUGCUCGAUUUCAAGUUCGAAGAGAGAGAGCCCGUCCCGAUUGACCAGGUAGAGCCUUGGACCGAGAUCGUCCGCCGCUUCUGCACCGGCGCCAUGUCCUACGGUUCCAUCUCCAUGGAGUCUCACUCUACCCUGGCCGUCGCCAUGAACCGGCUGGGCGGUAAGUCGAACACGGGCGAGGGCGGCGAGGACCCUGAGCGGUCUCAGGUCAUGGAAAACGGCGAUACCAUGCGGUCCGCCAUCAAGCAGGUCGCCUCGGGCCGUUUCGGUGUCACCUCCGCCUACCUGGCCGAUUCUGAUGAGCUCCAGAUCAAGAUGGCCCAGGGUGCCAAGCCCGGUGAAGGAGGCGAGCUGCCCGGACACAAGGUUUCCAAGUCCAUCGCCCGCACCCGUCAUUCCACCCCUGGUGUCGGUCUCAUCUCUCCGCCUCCUCAUCACGACAUCUACUCAAUCGAGGACUUGAAGCAGCUCAUCUACGAUCUCAAGUGUUCAAGCCCCCGCUCCCGCGUCUCCGUCAAGCUCGUAUCUGAGGUGGGUGUUGGUAUCGUCGCUUCAGGCGUGGCCAAGGCCAAGGCCGAUCACAUCCUCAUCUCCGGUCAUGAUGGUGGUACCGGCGCCUCCCGCUGGACUGGUAUCAAGUACGCCGGUUUGCCUUGGGAACUGGGCCUCGCGGAGACGCACCAGACCCUGGUGCUGAACGACCUCCGCGGUCGUGUUGUCGUCCAGACGGACGGUCAGCUACGUACCGGUCGUGAUAUCGCCAUUGCCUGUCUCCUUGGUGCUGAGGAAUGGGGUUUCGCGACGGCACCCCUGAUCGCCAUGGGUUGCAUCAUGAUGAGGAAAUGCCACUUGAACACCUGCCCUGUCGGCAUUGCCACCCAGGACCCCGAACUCCGGAAGAAGUUCACCGGCACCCCUGAACAUGUCAUCAACUUCUUCUACUACCUCUCGAAUGAGCUUCGCGCCAUUAUGGCGAAGCUGGGUUUCCGUACCAUCAACGAGAUGGUUGGCCAUGUCGAGGUGUUGAAAGUCCGGGACGACCUGCGCACCAGCAAGACUCAGAACAUUGACCUCUCUUUGCUGCUGACUCCUGCCCACAAGCUGCGCCCAGGUGUCGCCACCUUCAACGUCAGGAAGCAGGACCAUAAGCUUUACGUUCGGUUGGACAACAAGCUCAUCUCCGAAGCCGAGUUGACUCUCGACAAGGGUCUGCCUUCCAGAAUCGAGUGCGACAUUGUCAAUACCGACCGUGCCAUGGGCACCUCCCUGUCUUACCAUGUCUCGAAGCGCUUUGGUGAGCGCGGCUUGCCCCUGGAUACUAUCCACGUCAACAUCAAGGGCUCGGCUGGUCAGUCGUUCGGUGCCUUCCUGGCUCCCGGUAUUACCCUCGAGCUGGAGGGCGACUCCAACGACUACGUCGGCAAGGGCUUGUCCGGUGGUCGUUUGAUCGUGUACCCUCCUCGCACUGCCGUUUUCAAGGCAGAGGAGAACAUCAUCAUCGGCAAUACCUGCCUUUACGGCGCUACGAGUGGUUCGUGCUUCUUCCGCGGCGUGGCAGCCGAGCGAUUUGCCGUCCGAAACUCGGGUGCCACGGCAGUCGUCGAAGGUGUUGGCGACCACGGCUGCGAGUACAUGACGGGUGGCCGGGUCCUGAUCUUGGGCAGCACUGGACGCAACUUUGCUGCCGGCAUGUCUGGCGGCAUUGCCUAUGUGCUUGACAUUGACCAGGAUUUCCACUCCAAGAUCAACAUGGAGAUGGUCGAGGUUGGCGGUGUCACUGAGCCGACCGAGGUUGCGUUCCUGCGUAGCCUCAUUGAGGACCACCACCACUAUACCGGCUCUGAGAUGGCUGCCCGUAUCCUGCUGGACUUCAACCGUGCCCUUCCUCGCUUUGUCAAGGUGCUGCCUGUGGACUACAAGCGGGUGCUCGAGGAAGAGGCCGAGAAGGCGGCUGAGGCCAAGCGGGCCCAGUACAACCUGCCAGUCGUGUCGGGUGUUCAGCACAAGAAGAAGGAGGAGAAGGCGCCUAAGCUUCAGGACAUUGAAGAAACCGUCGGCGACCACGCCGCCGAGAAGAAGCGCGCCCUCGUCCUGGACAAGACAAAGGGCUUCAUGAAGUACCAGCGGAGGUCUGAAAAGUACCGCAGCGCGAAGACGCGCACCAAGGAUUGGGCCGAGUUGUCGACCCGCCUUGAUGAGGACGAGCUCAAGUACCAAUCGGCCCGUUGCAUGGACUGUGGUGUACCUUUCUGCCAGUCGGAGACGGGAUGCCCCAUCUCCAACAUCAUCCCCAGUUUCAAUCAGCUCCUGUUCCAAAACCAGUGGCAAGAGGCACUUAACCGGCUUUUGAUGACCAACAACUUCCCCGAGUUCACCGGCCGUGUGUGCCCUGCUCCCUGCGAGGGUGCUUGCGUCCUCGGCAUCAACGAGGACCCCGUCGGCAUCAAGUCCAUUGAAUGCGCCAUCAUCGACCGCGGAUUCGACAUGGGCUGGAUGGUCCCGCAACCUCCCCAAGUCCGUACCGGGAAGACGGUCGCUAUCAUCGGCUCCGGACCCGCCGGGCUGGCGGCCGCCGACCAGCUGAACCGGGCUGGUCACCAAGUCACCGUCUACGAACGCGCCGACCGGCCAGGCGGUCUGCUGAUGUACGGCAUCCCCAACAUGAAACUCGACAAGCGCAUUGUCAAGCGGCGGACCGACUUCAUGGAGGCCGAGGGCGUCUCGUUCAAGUGCGGCGUCGGCAUCGGCGAGGAUGGCCAGCCGAGUCUGGCCGACCUCCGGGCGCAAAACGACGCCGUCAUCAUCGCGACGGGUGCGACUGUGGCGCGUGACCUGCCGAUCAAGGGCCGUGAUCUCCAGGGCAUCCACUUCGCCAUGGAAUUCCUGCACAAGAACACCAAGUCGCUGCUUGACUCGGAGCUGGCGGAUGGCUCGUACAUCUCGGCCAAGGACAAGCACGUCAUCGUGAUUGGUGGUGGUGACACGGGCAACGACUGCAUCGGCACGUCGGUGCGGCACGGAGCCAAGUCGGUCAUCAACUUUGAGCUGCUGCCGCAACCGCCCCCACAGCGCGGGCUCGACAACCCGUGGCCUCAGUGGCCCCGCAUCUACCGGGUGGACUACGGCCAUACGGAAGUGCAGCAGCACAUGGGCAAAGAUCCGCGCGAGUUCUGCAUUAUGUCGGAGGAGUUUGUCGACGACGGCAGCGGGCGUGUCAAGGGUAUCAAUACCAUCCGGGUCGAGUGGACCAAGUCGCCGUCGGGAGGCUGGGACAUGAAGAAGCUGGAGGACACGCGCCAGUUCUUCCCCGCGGACCUGGUGCUGCUAUCGAUGGGCUUCUUGGGUCCGGAGGAGCGGAUCCUCGGCGAUGAUAUCGAGAAGGACGCGCGCAAGAACGUCAAGACGGCGCCGGGAAAGUACAGCACCAACAUCGAGGGCGUCUUCGCGGCGGGUGACUGCCGUCGCGGACAGUCGCUCAUCGUCUGGGGCAUCAACGAGGGCCGACAGGCGGCGCGCGAAGUCGAUCUGUUCCUGGAGGGCAACACCAAUCUGCCCGUCACCGGUGGCAUCGUCAAGCGUGCCGUCGAGGAAGUUGUCAGUCUCCAGCCUCAGGUGGCGGCGUAGACGUCAAAGAAGAAUCUCCCCUCGAAGGACGUUUUGUCGAGGGGGGGAGGGUUAAGGCAUGGAUGUAGAGACGGAUUUCACCAGGGGUUGGAGGCGCACCAGGUAUUCCCAGGGGUUCGAGGAGU